AUGGAGCACCUGAGGUUGUUGGUGGAUGGCUUCCAAGCUCGCACGCUCGACGAGCGCACCACCGGGUGGCCGCUCCUCGAGUUCAACGAGGCCCUCGGUGCCGCCUUUCUCUACGUCGUCAUUGUCGUCGUGCUGCCCCGACUUCUCCACCCCGCCGGAGGCAAGCAGGCGGCGGCCAAGGGCGCCGCGGGCGACAAGGCCGGCGCGGCGGGCGACCUCCGGAGUAUUAGGCUGGUGUACAAUGCCGCCAUGACCCUCAUCAACCUCUACUUCGUCCUCGAAAUGCUCUACCAGGCGUCCGUCACCACUUGGUUCGGUGCCAUCACCCCCGGCGAGCAGGGCCUUGGCAUGGCGAAGGUGCUGUACCUGUACUACCUGUCCAAGGUCCUCGAGUGGAUCGACACCGUGAUCAUGAUUGUGCGCGGCGCUCAGCGCCAGCUGUCGUUCCUGCACGUGUACCACCAUGUGGGUACAUUCCUCGUGUGGCGCUUCAACGUCGCCUACUACCCUGGCGGCGAGGCCUACCCGCCGGCUCUGUUCAAUUCGUUCGUGCACGUGGUGAUGUACUACUACUACUUCCAGUCCACGCGGGGCUACCAGCCCUGGUGGAAGAUGUACCUCACCCGCCUGCAGAUCUCCCAGCUCUUCUCCUUCGUCGUCCUCGGGGCGUAUGCGAUGAUCAACGCCGCGCCGGAGCACCGCUACAUCGGAGUCAUCAACGGAGGAUUCGCGCUGACCCUCCUCGUCCUCUUCUGCCAGUUCUACUUCGCCAGCUACGGCCGCCGCGCUUCCGCGUCCAAGCACGCCUCGGCUCCCUCCCACUCGGCCGGCGCCGUGAGGAGGAAGCAGGAGUAA